AUGGAAUCACAGUCGAUCCUGCCUCCUCCACCCCCUCCUGAGGAUGCCAGCGCACCUCCACCUCCCCCAGAAGAGUCCGCUGCUCCUCCGCCGCCGCCAGAUGUAUCCGCGCCUCCACCUCCGCCCGAAGACCUUCCACCACCUCCUCCUGAACCGGAAGUAAAGAAAAAGAAGGUGGGAUGGGGUACCAAGCGUCCGGCUACGACGCCGUUGAGUGUAGAGGAGUUAGUUCGGAAGAAAAGAGAAGCCGAUGCAGCAGCGGCUCGGCCAAAAUUCAUGUCCAAAGCGGAGCGAGAACGGUUGGCAUUGGAAAAGCGCGCGAAGGAGGUCGACGCUCAGCGACGGAGGACGAAUGGAACCCCUAAUGGGGUGGAUGGGAUGGAUUUAGAUACGCCGUCUAGGGGAUUCCGUACGCCGAAUGGUGAUUCUCGAUCUAUUCCUACAGGUCCUCGUGCAAUGAGGAACGGUGACGGCCCGACUCCUACUGGGCCAGCAGCUAUGCGUUCAAGGAAUGACUCGGGUACAACCAAAUCAGAUAAAAAAGUUGAUAAAAGGUUCAAUGAAGAGGACGAGGCCGCAGCGCAAGCGGCCCUCAUCAAGCAACGAUAUAUGGGCGCGGACCAGACUUCGAACUUUUCGGCGAAGAAGAAGCGGAAGCGAACGACGGACCGGAAGUUCAACUUCGAGUGGAACGCUGAGGAGGACACUAGCGGCGACUAUAACCCGCUGUAUCAGCACCGACAUGAGGCCAAUUUCUUCGGACGCGGGCGUCUGGCGGGCUUCGGUGACGAUGUGGCCGAUUCAGUGGCAAAGAAGUAUGCUAAAGCGCUGGAGGACCGAGAUCGCGAAGCGGGAAGUAUUCGGGCGAGGGAGAUCUUGGAGAUGGAGCGGAGGCGGCGAGAGGAGAGUACGCGGAACCAGUUGGACAAGCAUUGGAGCGAGAAGAAGCUGGAGCAUAUGCGCGAGCGAGACUGGCGUAUCUUCAAAGAAGACUUCAAUAUCGCGACCAAGGGUGGAAGCGUACCAAACCCGAUGAGAUCAUGGGACGAGUCUGGCCUGCCGAAGCGGCUUCUGGAGCUUGUUGAUCGAGUUGGGUACAAAGAGCCAACUCCGAUUCAGCGAGCUGCGAUCCCUAUCGCAAUGCAGUCGCGCGAUCUUAUCGGUGUUGCCGUGACUGGGUCUGGUAAGACUGCAGCGUUUCUUCUCCCUCUGCUAUGUUAUAUUGCAGAGUUGCCGCGGAUAGACGAGUUUGAGUGGCGCAAGAACGACGGACCGUACGCAAUUGUUCUUGCGCCGACCCGUGAAUUGGCCCAGCAAAUUGAGAUUGAAGCCAAGAAGUUCACGGAGCCACUUGGUUUUAAUGUUGUCAGUAUCGUUGGUGGUCACUCGUUCGAGGAGCAGGCAUACAGUUUGCGGAACGGUGCUGAGAUCAUUAUUGCUACACCUGGUCGUCUAGUCGACUGCAUCGAGCGCCGCAUGUUGGUACUUAGCCAGUGUUGCUACGUUAUUAUGGAUGAAGCCGAUCGUAUGAUCGACCUUGGUUUUGAGGAGCCGGUUAAUAAGAUUCUUGACGCGCUUCCGGUCACCAAUGAGAAGCCCGACACAGAGGAAGCAGAGGAUUCAUCGGCCAUGAGCCGACAUCUCGGCUCAAAGGACCGCUACCGCCAGACCAUGAUGUACACAGCUACCAUGCCCACUGCGGUAGAGCGCAUUGCUCGAAAGUACCUCCGGCGACCAGCGAUUGUCACCAUUGGAAGCGCCGGUGAAGCUGUGGACACUGUCGAACAGCGCGUCGAGAUGAUCGCCGGCGAAGAUAAGCGCAAGAAACGCCUCGGCGAGAUCUUAUCGUCUGGCGACUUCCGUCCACCGAUCAUCGUCUUUGUCAAUAUCAAGCGCAACUGCGAUGCAAUUGCGCGCGAGAUUAAACAAUGGGGCUUUUCUUCUGUUACACUGCACGGAAGCAAAACACAGGAGCAGCGUGAGGCCGCCCUGGCUUCUGUUCGCAACGGCUCGACGGACGUCCUGGUCGCUACGGAUCUGGCUGGACGUGGUAUCGAUGUGCCAGACGUCAGUCUCGUUAUCAACUUCAACAUGGCUACCUCGAUUGAGAGCUACACUCACCGUAUCGGUCGUACUGGUCGUGCUGGGAAGAGUGGUGUGGCUAUCACAUUCUUGGGUAACGAGGAUGCCGACGUCAUGUACGAUCUCAAGCAAAUGCUUAUCAAGUCGCCCAUUUCCCGGGUGCCGGAGGAAUUGCGCAAGCACGAGGCCGCUCAAUCGAAGCCCACACGCGGAGCGGGAAAGAAGAUCGAGGAGGCUUCUGGUUUCGCUGGUAAAGGGGGUUGGUAAAGAUGCUAUCCAUAGUAUUCAUGAUUUUCAGUUAUGUACUUCACGGCCCAUGCAGGCGUUGGGAACUUAGGAGAUAGUCUAGCGUUGGGCUGUACUAUAGAUUGUUCAGAAUUAGGGCUGGCCAAAUCAAACAAAGAUCACGGCA